AUGCAACCGGUUGUGCUCAAGGCUGAAAAUGCCUUUCCAACUUCGACCUCCCCAGGUGCUUCCGCCCAAGGCCGGUAUCCCGGGGGAGAAAUACCCUUAGGCAAUUCAGAAAACCGAAAACUUGAAGUUGAGGGAAAUUCAUUGUCACGGAUGAGAUUGGAUAAACUCAACCACAGCGAACCCGCUCUUUCUACCCCACGUGCCGCUGUCAGUCCCAACGCUCAGAGGGAAUUGACUCCGGAGCUCAGGAAGAACGAGCAGGAUGAGAUGCAGGAUUAUGAGAAGGAUCAUGGGGAUGCAAUGGCGGCUUCGUCCGAUGAAGGAGCAGGAUCAUCGACAGAAAAGCGGGCGUCCGACGCGAAAGCGGAGAAGAAGAAGAUGAAACGAUUUCGCUUGACGCACAAUCAAACCCGGUUUCUAAUGAGCGAGUUCACCCGUCAGGCCCAUCCCGAUGCCGCUCACCGAGAACGAUUAUCGAGGGAAAUCCCAGGACUGACGCCCCGUCAAGUUCAGGUUUGGUUUCAAAACAGACGCGCAAAACUCAAGAGGCUUACCAGCAAUGAUCGGGAGCGAAUGCUGAAGUCUCGAGCACUGCCUGAUGAUUUUGACACGACUCAGGUGCUCCGAACUCCUUUCGACGGCAAAACGUCAGAAACACCGAUGUUGCUUACGGACGGUUUACAACGAAUGAACGACGACGACUAUGUGAUAUCCCCCCUAAGCUCGACUUCCACAACAGGGAAUGGCUUCUCAACCGCGGCCGACAGAAGUAUGGAGACCUAUCAAGGAACAGGGCGAGCACCCCCAGCAGCGCCCAUGCCGGAGCUUCAGAGGAAUACUCGGGGACCCUUUCCCUUCCCUAGAUCGAGCAGUUUUUCGGAAUCUUCGUUCAAUACCGGACUGCAAUUCCCCGGCCGCUUUUCGAGACCAGGCGACCCUCUCAACCCUCCCGGCAUGCCCUAUGCGCGGCGCCCAGUGGAUUUUGGUAUGAGCCGGCCAGCCAAUGGCAUGAUCGUGGGAUAUGAUCACCAUCGGCCACUGGAGGGCUCGGUAUCACCAACUGCCCCCCCCGAGCACUCUGUGCCGUACCAUGUGGACAGUCACAAUCAGCAAGCGCACAAUUAUCAACCUCCGCUUACGAUGCCCGCGCCCAAGGGAUUUGGGGGGAUGGAAAUGAACUCCCAAAUGCAAGCGCACGGACGACACAUGCCUUCACUACAUCCGAUACCCGUCUCGGACUCGUCGGACUAUCGACCGUACCCAUACGAGCACCACCCUUACGGCAUGAACACCGCUAUUCCGUUCAGCCAGGCCAAUGCUUCCAGCAUGAGUCUACCGGCUUCAUUCCCACCCGAGCCGAGCAAUGUGGGUCAUGGAACCGUCGGUGGCGCAUCUGAAGACCGGAUGGCCAACCCUCCGCAGAUCUUAGAUCCUCUGCGGGCCAAGUUUGGCAAUCAGCCGUUUGAUUACGCCAAUUACCUAUAA